AUGGCAGCAAACAUAGAAUUAGUUCGACAAUCACUAUUAGAAAAUGGCCAAAGAUCAUCGAGGCAAAAUGGUUUGGGAUUGAGCCGUCGCACAUUCCAGCGAAUUGUUCAACUGGAUAUCAAAUUUCAUCCAUACGUACUGAUACGCAGGCAAAAGCUGCGUGAAGGCGAUCCAGCACAACGAUUAGCUUUUUGCCACCGACUUGUAAAUACCGUAGAAGGGAGACCAGAUUUUCUUGAUCACUUAAUAGUAUCAGAUGAAGCAGUGUUCAGCUUAAAUUCUGAAGUAAACACAAGGAACACAAGAAUGUAUGCGGCUUAUGGCAAUGGGCACCCGCCUGAUCAUUAUGUGGAAUUUCUUCAAGGUUCAAACCAAAUCAUGGUGUGGGUUGGUUUAACCAGAGCAGGCAAUGUCUUAGGUCCGCAUUUUGUUGAAAGAAACCUCGACACCAGAGAGUACUUGCGCAUCAUACG